AUGAACGAAAUUUGUAGUGGCGAUGAAAAUCAUGUGGUUCUCAAUGUUUAUGAUGAACCCGAUAGUAACAAUCAUCCCCCAUCAGCCAAAAACAAAGAUUCUGAAAUGGUCUUCUCCAUACCUUUCAUGCAAAAGGUAAUGGGUGAGGUAUUAGGCACAUAUUUCCUAAUAUUUGCAGGUUGUGCAGCGGUGGUAGUGAAUACAAACAAUGACAAAGUGCUUACAAAUCCAGGGAUAGCCAUAGUAUGGGGAUUAGCUGUAAUGGUGUUGGUCUACUCACUGAGACAUAUCUCGGGUGCUCAUUUUAACCCAGCAGUCACCAUUGCUUUUGCUACUUGCAAAACCUUCCCUCUCAAACAGGUGCCGUUUUAUAUAUCGGCUCAAGUUGUUGGAUCGACGAUGGCAGCUGGGACACUUCGGCUUUUGUUUAACGGGCCGGAUGAUGUAUUCAGCGGAACAACACCGCAAGGGUCGGAUUUGCAGGCGUUUGUGAUAGAGUUUAUUAUCACUUUUUACCUUAUGUUUGUUGUCUCCGGUGUUGGUACUGAUAAUAGAGCUAUUGGAGAACUUGCUGGACUCGCCAUUGGCUCUACCGUUUUGCUUAAUGUAUUGAUUGCUGGGCCGAUCACCGGAGCAUCGAUGAACCCAGCAAGGAGCUUGGGACCUGCAAUUGUGUCGAACCAUUACGAAGGAAUAUGGAUAUACGUUACGUCGCCGAUCAUCGGAGCAGUGUCGGGUGCUUGGGUUUAUAACAUGAUGAGGUUGAAUGACAAACGGGACAUCACAAAAAAUGUUUCUAUCUUCAAAAGUUGACCUAAUUGUGCUUAAAAUAAUUUACAAGAUCUAUUGUACAAAUGUAAAUUGUUUAAUUUAAACCAUAUUUUUAAUCUAUUUGUGUUU